AUGGUCCGUGCCUGUUAUUUUGCAUCGGUGCACUCGCGCCUACAAUAUGGCAUCGAGCUGUGGGCAGCGGCCGCCGACUGGGAGAGAGUGUUUCGUCUCCAAAAGCGAGCAAUGGCAACAAAUGUGCGUGAUGAAGUGAGCUCAAACCCCAUCAUAGAGCCCCCGCGAAGAUACAAAACGUCUAACAACAUAACAAGGGAGGAAACUGGCAUGUUAAUAAAUGGCGGGCAACCUGGCACUCACAUACGUGUACAGGGUUCCGUGUCCUAUUAUGACCCAAACGGCGAAUUGAUAACUUUGAGGUACUUUGCCGACGACAAGGGCUACCGUAUCUUACCAAAGGAAGAGCAAGAUGUGCUCCUGGUGAAUAAAAACCAAGAAGUAUCACCUCUUAUCGUAGCAUCCUUAUUAGGCAGCGGUUAAUACCUACGACCUGCAACCCGAUACUUUUAAGUAAUAAGUGAAAUAAAUUUGGAAGAAACAGAAACCAAAAGAAGAAAACCACUACAGUCCGCGCUUUCGGUCACGGGAAAACUGCUAAUAAUUAAUAAUUAUAUCCCGACCUUAUUGUUUUACAAAUUUAAUUAGUUUGUAGGCACUGUUGACGAAAAUGUAUACCUAUGCAAAUAAAAAUAAAUUAUAAGAUAAAA